AUGGCGGCCGCGGGAGAACCUCUCCAAGGUGAGCCCUGUACUAUACAUGUGCCGGGGGGCAUCGUGGACUCGCCGGGGCGAGAGAAUGACCCCUACAUCGUCGACCUCGCCCGCUUCGCCGUAUCCCAGCACAAUAAGGAGGCCAAUACCCAGCUGGAGUUGGAGAAAGUGGUGAAGGUCAAGGAACAAGCUAUUGCUGGCAGGCUGUACUACAUUACAAUCCAGAUUGAUGAAGGUGGGGCGAAGCAGCUGUAUGAAGCCAAGGUGCUGGAGCAGCUGUGGCUGGAUGUCAAGAAGCUCCUGGAGUUCAAGCCGACAGAGUGCGCCUCUCCCAACGUUUAA